UUAGAGUGGGUUGUAAGAUGUAACAGUGAGAGGGGUCCCAAGUAGAAUUUAAUAGGCUCUUUGGUUGUGCUUCACAUCACAUAUCGAUCCGUUUUGCACUCUUAUAAUUUCCAUGUUGUUAUUCUUGGUCUCAUGGCAUGCUUAGAGAUGUACAACUCGGAGCACAAGGGUCGCCAUCACCAUCAUCACUGCGCUCCAGUGAGUCCCAGAAUUUCUUUCUCGAACGACUUUGUGGAUGCUCAGCAAGCCACAAAGCAGGAACACAGCAGCGCCAGCAGAUCAGAGGCUCCUGCAGUAUCCUCAGACUUCGAGUUUUCUGUCACCAACUACUCAAUGAUGAGUGCUGAUGAGCUUUUCUUCAAAGGAAGGUUGUUGCCCUUCAAGGAUACCAAGAGGGCCACCACCACUCUCAGGGAAGAGCUACUCGUGGACGAUGAUGAUGAUGAUGAGGGCUACCAAGAUUUCUCUCUCAGACCCCCCAAAGGCUCCUCCACUCGGUGGAAAGGCUUUCUGGGUCUCAGAAAAAGUCACCUUGGAUCCAAGAAGGUUGACAAGAGUGAAACCUCCUCUGACCCAGCUGUUGAAACAAGAAGAGCUGGUUUCUUCAACGAGGGAGCUAGGCUUAAUGUGAAUUCACAGGAGUUGUUGAAUGAAGGAGGAUCAGGUGGUAGGGAUGUUGAGAUUGGGUUAUAGAGUUAACUGAAGAAGGGUGACAGGGCAUUUUUUUUUCCCUUCAGCGGGUUUCAGAACCAAACCAAGGCGAUGAAUUUAUGUUAUUAGGCUUUUGUUUGUCAGCUUUGAUUCUUCCAUAAUUCUCUGAUUUUUGGUCCACCUAGGUUCGGAUUUCACUGUUUGUUGUACAAAUUAUUUGCAGUUGAAUUGAAAAGGCCAGCAAAAAGAAAGGAUUGAAUCAUCUUUCUUA